AUGCGCCUAGAUGCUUUGUUGCAGAAACAAGGCAAAAGGCCCUUUGUGCUGGCCAAGCUCAGUGACGCGAACAAUCUCAGAUGCUCUCAAAUACUAGGCUCAGAUGCUCUUCGAGCUCCGAAUCUCGAGGCUCUCUCCCUCACUCCUCUAUUCUGUUCACUAGUCAUGGUGGGUCGAGCCCUGAAUUCCGACCACCUUGGACAGCCUAUACGAGCCGGUGACCGUGUCACUAGACCUCAAUUUGCUGGACAGAGAUCCCAGGGUGAGGUUUCUUUGCUAGGUGGGAAAACAGAGGAGGGAGACAAGGAUGAUGGUGACACAGCAACAAGAGAAGCGAAAGAGGAGAUUGGUUUGGAUCCUAAGCUUGUGAAUGUUGUCACUGUUCUUGAACCAUUUUUGUCAAAGCACCUACUGAGAGUUGUACCUGUUAUCGGUAUACUUAACGAUAAGGAAGCAUUCAAGCCUGCUCCAAAUCCGGCCGAAGUGGAAUCAGUAUUUGAUGCUCCCUUGGAAAUGUUCAUCAAGGAUGAAAACAGGAGGGCAGAGGAGAGAGAGUGGAUAGGUAACAAAUACCUGAUUCAUUUCUUUGACUAUGAAACCAACAACAAGAAGUACAUGAUAUGGGGCUUAACUGCUGGUAUCUUGAUUAGGGCUGCAUCAAUUGUAUAUGAACGGCCUCCACCUUUUGUUCCUUUUAUUACUUGAACUUUGUAUUGAGAUGGUCUGCAAGC